AAUGCAUUCAUUCCUUUUCAGUUCUCUCAAGCAGAGUGAUAUCUACCCAAGAUAGGACACAAAUUUCGCAGAAAUUAAGUAGUCAUGUGCAAAAUGAGUGAAUCUCGAGAACUCGAGCUUCCCGAAUUCAAUGACGGCGGUGGAAAUGGAGAUGGCGGCGAGAUCAAAUUCGACGAAAUCGGCAAUGAAGCAACAACGACUAGAGAAUCCAGAAAUUCAUCGUUUUGCUGUUUCUUUCUUAGAGUGCCUUUGAAUGAGGCACGUGAUGACCGCGCCAUUACAAAGAUCGCCAAGAAUUACCUCAUCUUCUCCCUUCCCGAGCUCCUCACCCACGCGAACCUCAUUCCACUCAGAACUUUCCUCAGGACUCAGGGCUUGAACUCCCCCAUCACCCUCAUUGCCACCUGUGUUUCCGUCAUCCAUCUCCCAGUCACCUAUUUCCUCGUCACCUAUCUGAACAUGAGGGUGAAGGGGAUCGCCCUCGCCUCGUUCAUCUACUCCCUCAACAUGAACCUUGGCCUUUGCAUCUACCUUUUCUUCUCAAAGGCCGCCAUAAAGCCGUGGAGGGGGGCCAGUCUGGCCUCCCUCUUCCACGGCUGGCGGCCUCUGCUCAGCCUGGCACUACCCAGCGUGUGCCAGGUCUGUUUAGAGUGGUGGUGGUACGAGAUUAUUUUAUUCCUGAGUGGACUGAUGGAGAAUCCUGAGUCCUGCGUGGCCGCGAUGGGCAUUUUGAUACAAACAACGGGGACGGUCUACGUGAUCCCGUUCUCGUUGAGCCUCAGCAUCUCCCAGCGCGUGGGGCACGAGCUGGGGGCGGCUCAGCCGGCGCGUGCGCAGCUAGCGGCGAUGAUAGGGAUCGCGAUGGCGGCGGUGUAUGGUGUGUCGGCGUUUGGGGCGAGCGUAGCGUUGAGGAGGAGGUGGGGGAUGCUGUACACGGCGGAGCCAGAGGUGCUAGAGUUGAUAGCGGCGGUGCUGCCGAUACUGGGGCUGGCGGAGGUGGGGAAUGCGCCGCAAACGGCUGCGUGCGGGGCGCUGACGGGAUCGGCGAGGCCGAAGGUGGGGGUGUGGAUAAACAUAGCGGCGUUCUACCUGGUGGGGCUGCCGUGCUCGGCCGUGCUGGCGUUCGAGAUGAAGAAGGGGUUUCGGGGGCUGUGGAUGGGGCUGGUGGCGGCCCAGGGGGCUUGUAUGGCGCUCAUGCUUUACAAUGUGGCUUUGACGGAUUGGAAGCAUGAGACGAAGAGGGCUGAGGAGCUCACUAUGGCCGCGGUGGAGGAUUCUGCUGGGGCUAAUUUAGUUGACGGAGGAGGAGGAGGAGGCGCGUGACAUCAAAUUUUCACAUUGAGUGUAAAUGUUUUGGACAUACUUUUAUUUUCAGGGAUUUUAUUUUUAUUUUUA